AUGUCAACUUUGAAAAUAUAUAAUAAUAAAGAGAAAAAAAAAGUAUUAAAUUAUCUUAUGAGGUUUUUUAUGUUUAUCUUUUUAGUUUGGACAUUACAAUGUUAUAAUAAUUGGGCUUCUUUUAGACCAUGGAAUUGCGAAAAUGAAUUAAAAAACAUAUCAAAUUUGGGAAUUAAAAGAUCAUUGGCGGAAAAUAAAAAUGCAAUUAUGCAAGUAGAAGGAUCAAAAUGUUAUGAACAACAUAGUAAUGUGGAAAUAGACUUAGAAUCAUUGAAUGAACAAAAUUAUAUAAAAAGGGAUAUAGAUUCAGAACAAGAAAAUGAAUUAGAGAUAAUAGAUAAAAAUCAAAAAGUAAAAUUUAAUCAAAGAAUUUUAGGGAUAUGCAAGAGUAAUUUUGAAAUAAUUCCCUUAUCUAUUGCUUUUUUCCUAUCAUUUAUUGCACUUAUAUGUUCUUUAGUAUAUAUUUUUAAAAGUGAUAUAAAUGAAGAUUUAAAAAUUUUUGAGUUAUCUAACACAUCUAUUUUAAUUACUUCAAUACUUUUAACUCACAAGGAAAUCAAAAUUAAACGUAAAAACAAAUUUAAGUAA